AAUCAGAAGACAGAGAGCGAGAGGCGGGACCUAAUUUGAAAUUUUGCAAAGAGAGUCUUUGCCAGUCUUGCAAAACCCAGAGGCAUCAGAGGAAUUGCAGACGACGAGGAGCAGAAAGGAGCAAAAGACAUGGCAUCUCUGCUCAAGAGCCUGGAGCCGUCGGUCGGUUGGCGUCGCCACGAGAUCCUUCCUGACUUGGAGGAAAGUCCCGUCCCGGAUCGGUUCCGGAAGAAGCCCUCUUUGGACCUGCGGCGGUCCCUCCGAAAACGGAUGCCGCUCCGAGACGCUGAGAUAAACCUGGACGAAAACCCGACUUGGGAAAGCCUGGAAGCCAAGGAGAAGCGAAGAAACCUUAAGCGGACGGCCAAAAACGUUUUGGGGACGGUGUCGCAGAAAAUCCAGGACAGCUGCCAAGGUCCGGCUCGCUCUUUGGUGGCCUCUCUGGCCAAAAUCCCAUCUGGCAGCGUGCGGCAUGUGGCCAAAAACCGCGCACUGAAGCCACGGACCCCUCGCCGGAGAAGCAUCAGGCGCGCCAUGGUCUUGACCCCAGGCUCGGGCGCAAAGAUGGUGUCCCCAUUCGGUGAGGAGAUGCACCGGCGUCAGGAAAACCUCCUUCCCCUCCGAAGAUCCACGAGGACCUCCGCCUUGAGAAGCCCAUACGGUUCCCCCAUUUCCAUCAGCCAGAGAAAACGGUUCGACCGCGAUUCGGAGCGGGUCUCCAGCGGCAUCCGCCGGCUCAAGCGCCUCUCUCAAGCUUUCAAUGAUAUCAUCCUCCAAGAGGAGAGGGACCAGGCGAUCUUGAACUACUACCAAGCCGUGGCGCAAAACAUGCGCAACGCACAACGCCGGUCGCGGGGACUCUCCCGGUUGAAUUUACGGAGACCUGCAGCAAAACUGCGGUGCAUUCGGACCAACCAGGAUACGGAUCCCUUUCAGCAGUAGCAUUAACCCUAUUUGUGCGUUUGUGUUUUGUUCUUCUCUCUGCACUGACAUUAAUGUAAUAUAAGCUUCUCUAUGGUCACAACAAAGACACUAAUUUUCGCAAA